AUGUCUCUCAUCGUAUCGACACUUCAGAGGACCAUCCGAGACAGACGCGCAGGAGGACGGACGUGCCUCGAGCCGCUCAAGGAUGAUGACAGGCCAGGGCUCGGACGCGGACGGAUAAUACAUCGGACGGCACAGCACAGGACAGGGCAUGGCAGAACCAUACUACGUACAGGACCACAGGGCCACAGGGCCACAGGAACGACUCUGAGAACGACUCACAAAGGAAAUGGGACCAGGACAAGCCAAGCUCGGAGAGAACGAACGUGGAUGGAUGGAUGGAUGGAUGGAUGGAUGGGGGACCAGAAGGCGCCCUGUCACCUUUUCUCCUUCCGCUGCCACGCUGCCAUAGCCGCAUCCCAUCCCUCAAGCAUCAGCAUGUUCGGUAUCCUUGCCUUCCUUCACCUACCUACCAAUAUUCGUACGCUAUUACUUGGUACUCCGUUCGGAUACCACAGUGAGUUGCCUUCUUACCCGUCGUCCGACAUACCUUGCCCUGCAGCGGUCUCCGAGGGCGGCACCUCACGUACGGAUACCGUGGUCCUUGCCCCAUGCCAAUGGUAA